UCUGGUCUUUGGCAUCCCUCCCCUUUGCAAGGCAUGAACCCCUCCUCUGCCUCGGAGAUGCGCCCCUAUGAAUGCAACCAGAAACACCAUUGCUUCUCAGCCAUGGAGCCGGGCCUAUCUUUGGCAGGAGACUGGGAAGCCCCUGAGGAGGAAGAGGAGAAGGAGGAAGAAGAAGAGAGCAGCCAGUUCUUGAAUGUGCACAUGCGCCGUCCACGGACCUUGAGAGGAUCCAGUCACACGUACGAUUCCUUCCGAAGGCAUAGUUGGGAGCCGGGGAAAGUGCUGGAAGAAGACACAGAUUUUGACCAGCGAAGCUUAAGUUUGAAGGAACUGGCACCCGAUGGACUUGACUCUACAGAGCAACUGGAUGGGCAUUCCUUGGGAAGGGGAGACCCCCGACGAGCCCCUAUUAUUCAUAGCAGCAAUGAAAUGGGAUCCCUCCUUUCUCAGGAUGAAGAGGAGGAGGAUGGUCAGGGGAUGUCUCAGGACUGUGGCAAGAGGAAGCAGGCCUACGGCUUGUCCCCGAGUUCUCCCUGUGGCCACCUGCCCAAAUCAGCAUCCAUGAGUGUCAUCGACAGUUUCCCAGAUGCAAAUGGAUUUUCUCUUUAUGGGGAUAACAUCAGUCUAAUCAGUCGCUUCAGCAGUGGGAGCUGUGGGCAGCUGGAUACCAGCACGGUGGAGGCCGAGGACCAGGAACACUGGCAGAAGGAAGGGAAUGCCCUGGGUCGCACCCUCAGCUUCUUCAAGAAGAUGACUGGGAAGUCAAAGAACAAAGAAAAAGAAAGGAUGAAGGAAGGCAAAGAUAAGGACGCCCGCUACACCAAUGGGCACCUCUUCACUUCUAUUACGGUCUCCGGCAUGACCAUGUGCUACGCGUGUAACAAGAGCAUCACCGCGAAAGAGGCACUGAUUUGUCCAAGUGAGUAA